CUUAAAUAUAAGUCGUGUAACUUUAUGGCUGAAACAAGUUUGUUGCUUUGCUAAUUUUUUUGCUGAGACAUAAAUAAACCAUCUUUUGACUGAGAACGAUAACAUUUUUAGAGAGUGAAAGCAGUCUAUCACAGCACCACAGUGGUAGUUACAAACCUUAGGUGAUCGCGAAGCAGUAUGGGCCCUUGUCAUUUUAAGGAAACUGGUGACGUUGCAAUUGAUUUAGGGUGGACAACGCUUUAACAGCUGCUGUUUCAUACAGGUAUGCAUGCGCCUCGUACAAGUGUUGAGGGUGCAGUGUGAGGGCUGCUCAGUGGCACUGUGUUUCAGGACCACCCACCAUGUCGGCAGUUACGGAGGUUCAGAACAACACAACCGAGGCCCUGGCCGCCCUGGUAGACGGAGGUGAAGACGCCCUGGUGACGCUGGUGGCGGGCGAGACGAGGGUGGCGGCUCACAGGGCCGUGUUGGCAGCCGCGAGCCCCGUGUUCGCAGCGAUGUUCGCGCACGACAUGCUGGAGGCCAGCUGCGGCCAGGUGAGCAUCGACGACGUGGAGGGCCCGGUGCUGAGGCUCCUGGUCGCCUACACGUAUACCCUGCAGGCCCCCCAGCUGCCCGACACGGCCGCCCAGCUGCUCUCGGCGGCCGACAAAUACGGCUUGUCGGCCCUGAAGGCUGCCUGCGAGCGGCAGCUGAUCUCGCAGUUGGCCGUCGAGACCGCAGCGGCGACGGCCGUCACGGCAGUGAGGCACUCGUGCCCGGACGCCACCAGGGCUGCCGUCGCCUUCAUAAAGGACCACCCGCAGGUGAUGGCCACGCGGGGCUGGGCGGACGCUGUGCUCGAGUACCCGCAAGAAGUCAUUGAAGUCAGCAGUAUGCUCGGUGAGCCACCGGCAGAAGCCUGCUCGCCGACCGCCACAGGGGGCGGGUCCACCCCCAACUCUGACAGUCAACCCCACAGCGGCCACAGCCGGACUCCUGCUGCAGCUGCGCCUCCCACGUCUGCCAGACACACCCCUCCACCUGAUGACGCAGCCGUCUCUCGCUUCCGGAGCCUUUCUGAGGAGGAGCGAGGCAGGAGGCUGAGAGAGGCGGCUGACGAGGGGGCGGUGGAGGAGGUGCGGGCGUUGCUCGCGGCUGCGGCGGACGUGGGGGCGAGGGGCGAGGGCGGGUUGACCGCCCUGCACUGCGCUGCAGGGAGAGGCCACGCGGCUGUGGUGCGGCUGCUGCUCUCUGCGGCGUCCGACCCCAACGCCAGGUCUCAGUGGGGGCUGACGCCGCUGCACGAGACGGCAAGCUUUGGCCACGCAGAAGCGGCGGCUGCGUUGCUGCAGGCCGGAGCCGACAGGGGGGUGACAGAUGAAGAUGGGGACACCCCCCUGGACAUCGCCAGGCGGUACAAUUAUCAGGAGAUCGUCAGGAUGCUAACACAGAGUUAAUACGCGCCACUAGAGGAAAUGGCAU